AUGGCAGAGGAAUUAACGAAUCUAAAUGAGGGCCUUUGUCUCACGGAGGUUAAAAAACAAGAAGUACUAAUCCCGCAAGAGGAAGUAUUGCUGUCUGAAGAAAAGAGUAAGAGAUGUCUAGCAGUGCUGGUGAUAACUGAAAAGGAAGUGAAUAAAGGAGCUUUUCGAGCUACCAUGAGUAAAGCUUGGCAAGUAAUAGGACGAGUCACUUUCAAAGAUCUUGGGCAAAACAAGUUUCUAGUAGAGUUCCAGAGUGCCUUGGAGAAGACAAGGGUCCUCAAGAGUCGUCCAUGGACUUUUGACAGGUUUUUAGUCAACAUACAAGACUGUGAAAGUUGCCUUACACCCAAAGACUUGUCUUUCUCAAAGGAGAAUUUCUGGAUACAGCUACAUGAUCUCCCAUUUGCGGGAAUGAAUAAAACAAUUGGGGAGAAACUGGGCGCGACAAUGGGUGAAGUUCUUGUAGUGGAUGUUGAUGCUGGAGGACUAGCAUGGGGCAAAUACCUUAGGGUAAAAGUUUAG